AUGGUUUACUGCGGGAAGCCAAGCAAGGGGUGCUCCAACUGCCGGGAGCGCAAGAUUCGUUGUGACCAGAAGGAGCCAGGAUGUGGCCAGUGUGACAAGAGGCAGCAGAGAUGUCCCGGCUACCGAAAUCUCGUCGACCUCAUGUUUCGCGAUGAGAGCUCCCAUGUCAUCAAGAAGGCCAAGGCGAGGGCUCGAAAGAAGGCCAAGCUGGGAAUAUCACCACCGGGCACCCCAUCAGACACGGAAAGCCGGUUUUCCGCUACGCCUGAGCCUCGCUCGCGGACGCUGUCGUUGAUCGUCCCUCCGACACCAACUUUCGGCAGCCCAGCUGGACGAAAUACCGAUCACCAUGACGACAGCAGCAUGCUUAUGUCGCCCGACUCGGGGAGCUGGCCAGUGACGCCACCAAUGGCUCAGCUGUACACUCUCCCGCCAGCUUGUCAGGAAGACGGCUUCGCCUACUUCUUCUCACGGUACGUGACAGCCGAUGAGACGGUACCGCACCAAAAGUUCGACUUCAUUCGAGACGUCUGGCGGCCCUCGCCCUCGGCGCCCGCCGCCCAUGUCGACGGUGUCCUGGCUAGCAUGACGGCGGUCGGCCUCAUGGGGCUAGCGAGCACGGCACAGUCGCCAGACCUGAUGGAUGCCGCGAGAAAGUCGUACGGAACAGCGCUGCGGUUGACAAACCACGCGCUGCAAGAUCCGGCCGAGGCCGUCAAGGACAGCACGAUGCUGUCGGUACUCAUUCUAGGCGUGUUCGAGAUGAUGGCAGAAAACACAUCACGAACAAUGACGGUUGAGGCGUUUCAGGAGCACGUCAAUGGAGCGGUUGCGCUCGCACGGAUGCGAGGGCCCGCUCAGUUCCGGACGCGGGCGGGGAGGCGCAUGUUCUCAAUGCUGUGCCAGAGGGUUGUCGUCAGCUGCGUUCAGCGAAACGUACCCAUUCCAGACUUCCUAGUCGAGCUCUGGCACGAGAUGUCCCGAAUGGCAGAAGCUGGAAAUCCCGAUCAACCACUGGUGCCACUUAUGUGGCAAGCGCUGCAGCUGCGUUCCGAUAUCAAGAGCGGAUUUUUGUCGGACCCAGAAAUCAUCGUGGACAGGCUGAUUGCCCUCGACCAAGACAUCGAAAAACAGGCCGCCCAACUUCCACCUUCCUGGAAAUACCGCAUCUUCCAACUUCUCACCAACCCUCGAGUCCACCCGUUACCUCGACGAGCACCCGUCCCCCAACAGCUCGGGCUCAUGAACCCGGCCGACGGCAGCAUCGGCAACGGCGACGACGAUGACGCGGCGCCCAUCGCGACCGUCGAGAUCCGCGAGACGCCCUCGCCACCGACGUCGCCCUCCGCCCGGUCCUCCGACUCGGCGAGUAGCGUCUACAGCCCGCUGUCAGCGACUGGCGGACCGCGCCCCGCCUACCCCUCGGGCUUGACCAUGCUAGACGUCACCGGGGGCCGCGAUGCCGAAGAAGAAGCCGAGCGGUACAUGCUCCUGGUCUCGGCCACCAGCACCCUUGUGUGGCCGCUGUUCGUCGUGGGCAUGUCGACUGCUUGCACCCCCGAGAUGCGCGCCUACGUCGUCGGCCGUCUGCGCACGCUAUACAUGGAGACGGGAAUCCGGCAGGCGGAUGCCGUGGCGAAUUUGCUCGAAGAACAUGAGAUGGCGGUCGGGGCCGAGAUCGGGGCAGGAAUAGGGGCCGGCGUGGGACCGGAGACGGGGGCGGAGUGGUUGGAUAUGGAGCUGAGGGAGCCCGGUCAGGAGGGGGUGGCGGGGCCCGGGAUGAUGGGGGAGGAGUAUGGACUCGGGCUGAUGCCGUUGACGAGUCCUGGGGUGAUGAAGCCCCAAUUCGAUAUGGUUUGGGGGUGA